UAAUGGACCCAACGACGGUCGUAGCGGUUGUUUGGCUACCCACAUAAUGCUGAUUGACGCAUGUAUCAACGCUUCCACAUCAAGACAUGCUGAGUCAAGUUUUAGCUGCGAUACAGCGGCUGUACUCUGACUCCUUUGUUGUUGAGUGCCGCCAGCGAAGCUGUGCGAAAGCAGACAAUGCCUGCACACCAGGGGCUGUGAGCUCCAUGGAGCGGGUGCUCGCGAAAGGGUGGCCGAUGGAGACGAGGUUCCUCCGCACCGUGAAGGCGAAACGCGAGGAGAGGGCUGCAAAGUCUAAGGAGGAGGCGGACUUCUUCGACGACAUAGGGCAAUCCGAAGAGCUGCUGAGGUUUCUGCAUUCUUCAGAAAUUACUACUGGAACCAUGUAAGAAACGGCGGCGAAGGAAAGCAAUAGAGUUGAAGGAAGCUGUACGCAAGGAUAGUAAGACGCGGACCUCGGGCUGGGCCGCAUCGCA